AUUUGGUCAGGUGAAUGGAGGGUGGUACGGGUGAGUGUCGAGACUGUGGACUCGGGGUGUAAGGGUGUGAGAGCGUGCAGAAGGUGGGUGUUAUGACACUACACCCCCAACAAUUCCCCCUCUCCCUCCCUUAUCCCCGCUGAGCGGCCACAGCCCAGCUCGGGCACCUCUCGCUGGCGUGUCAGGUGACAUCACACCUCACUCCACCACACACACAACCUAGGCAGCCUCCUCACCCUCCUUCCCUCAACUUCUAAGAAUUUCAGGUGAAUGGUGCGAUGGUAGGGGGUAUUUAUGAGGUGGUGCGGCUGGUGGGUGGACUUCGUGGCAACCACUUCACCACUGCCACCACCUCCACUACACCCAGAGCCAUCACCACUGCUCUUGCUACAAGUGGUGGUGACAUAAUCAUCUUUAGCCAUCGGGAUGGGGAGUCAACCACAAGAAGAAUACCCUGGACAACUGAUGAGAACAGGAAGCCAGUAGCUUUAGCUUUCAGUCCAUCAGCAGAAUGGCUACUGGUUGCAAGUGAAGAUGGUACCCUUUUUGUUGUGCCUAUAGGAAGUCGGUUGGAUCCUGGCAUUUGUCAGGAUCAUCGUUUCAAGACAGAUGAUGUGUUGGUUCUACCUCCCAACGGAAGUCGAGCACGCCCAACCUCUUUGGUUUGGUGGCAGACACUUGUAGGGGAUGCCUCCCUGGCCAUUAUUGGCACAGAUCUUGGAGAACUGUCCUUCAUUGAACUUAGUAGUGGGAAGGAAGUGGGUGGAACAUACAUUACCGUGCCUGUCAAGCAGCUUCAUUUAUGUCGGGAUAACUCUUUGGAUACCGUGUACCUCCUGAUAACAGGACCAGAGGAUCGACAGUGGCGAUUGGUGCUAGAACAGCGAAGCAAUCAGUAUCUCUUUCCUUUGGAACACAUCACUCCAGAAUGGCCUGAAGAUGAAAGCCCUGGUGGCUCCCUACAUCGGUCUGGGCCUCCCCCAAGGUCUCGUCUUCUUGGACUUAAGCAACUGUCUGUUGAAAAAUUGCAGAUGCUAAGACAGAGAUUAGUUGAGGCAAAGACUGGCUCCAGACGCAAGCCUCUCACUGAAAACAAAGGAGUAGACACAUGUGACAUUGAUGAAUUGUCAGCAACGACAACACCAGAGCAGGCAAUGACCACUUCCACUACUUCCAUUGCUUCGGGAGGAGAAGGUGAAACUGCUCCCCCUGUAGCUACACGACCUGAGAGGCUGAGCAAGUACAUCCAUGAUGUUCUAGCCACUCCACAGUAUGCCAAAGAACGAUACUUACUGGCUGGUCACUGUAAACCCAAUUCUACUUUAAUGGUGUACAGCACUGACUUGGAGCCAACUCCACUGUAUGUGUUCAAAAUUAUACCUGAUGCUGACAAAGUGGUGCUUCAAGAUGAGAUGAUUUUUUUGUCUGACACAGUGUCUCGCAGGAGGAUCACAAUGGUGUCCACAUUCUUUUCCUCUUCAUCAAAAAUAGAUGGAACAAUAGAUUGCAAAAUUAACCCAGUUAUACAAGAAAUAGAAUUACCAGAAGAGGAGGAAAUUCUCUAUAUGUGCCCAAGUCCUCCUUUAGUGUCGCUGGAGAUGAACUCUAGUCCUCCAUGCUCCGGGCAAUCUUCCAUCACAGGGAAAGCAAGGGGCGAGGAGGAUGAGGAGGAGGAGGUAGAAUUGCCGUCUCAUACCUGGCCUCAUGGGUGCCUAAUACUAACCUCAGAAGCUCUCUAUAUUUGCCAGCCAAGAACGAGUGUGGAAUCUCUCUUCAUGAACUUGGUGCUGAGGGCUGGUGAUAUCGACUGUGCUAACAAACUUGGAGUCAUCUUCUCACUGGACCCCAAGCUCUUUGAAUUGGCUGCUGACGUGAAGCUACGAUCUCGUAAUUUCAGUUCUGCCAUUGCACUGUACAAACACUCAAGGUGCCCCCAUGUUAAAUGCUCAAUCAAGUUUGCUGCCCAGGGUUUGGUUACAGAGUUCCUCACGUAUAUGGGUACACUAACAAGUGGCGUCAGUGGUCCAGAUCUAGGUAGCGAGGAGCGGCGGAAUUUAGCCAAUUUGGCUGUAAUGUGUCACCUUCAUCACUUGUGUCUCCCAGGUCCUCAUAAGCCUCCUCCACAACAACAAGCCUUGAGAAACUUGCUUCUUUUUCUCAGGGACAAUCAAUACUAUGAUGAAGUUUUGGCAUUAACACUUGCUGCAGAUGCUUGGCGUUGGGAGACACUCCAGUAUCUAGCUGCAUCUCGUGGACUUUAUCUAGAAAAACUGCAAGUGUUGUUGUCAUCUCGAGCUUCAGCAGCUUUGGAUACUUUAAGUCCAGAGCAGUUCAGCAGUUCGGCUAACCAAGAUGGUAUUUUACCAAUUGCACGAGAAAGAGAAGCCGGAUACCUUCAUUGUGUGUCAGAUCCAGAGUUGCGGCAGGUUCUUCUAGUUCGACCAUCAUUAGCCCGAACACACAUUGCUUUAGUCCUGAGCCUGUUAGCCACAGUGGAGAUUCCCAUACUGCACCGCUUUGCUGAUCUUUAUAAUCCCACACAACCAGCCAUCAGGCCAUUCCUACAAUCCACAAAUGGUAAAAAGCAAGCUUUUCCUCCUCUAUCUACAAUGGUUCAAAAUUCAUGUCUCCUACCAUAUAGUAAUGAAGAACUUGUCUCUGUAGAAGCUUUUAUAGAGGUAUUUUUAGCCAUCGUUAUUCAACUAAACCAAAGAAGAGGUUGGAAGUACAAUCCUGAUCUCCUGACAUACAAAAUGGAAACUCCCAAAGAGAAUGUGCCAGUUCCAGUAGACAAGGUGCGUCGGCAGGUGCUAAGCUGUGGUUAUGGUCAUACCGCUGUGAUAAUUGGUGGUGCUCUAUACACAUGGGGCACUCCUGACUAUGGGGUUCUGGGUCAUGGGCCAAGAUCCACAACUAAUCACAAACUUUUUUCUGGUCUCAUUGUUUCCCUGCCAGAGGAUCAGGAGUCAGCCCUCGGUAGUACCAUCCCACAUGUAAUGGGAGGGUCCACUUCUCUUGUUCCACUAAUAAAUGGAAGAUCUUCAUGUUCCUUUGUGUGUGAUGGCUCAGAACCCCGACUCUUAUCACACUUUAGUCAGAUGCGAGUGCUGUGCAUAGCUGGUGGAAAGAACCACAUGUUGGCAAUAACAGAUAAUGGGGUGUAUGGCUGGGGUAACAACAGGUAUGGUCAAGUUGGCACUGGGGGUACAGGUCGACAUCCGCGCCCCACUUUACUGACUAGUCUAGAAGGCAAGGGUAUCAUAUCCGUUUCGUGUGGUCAGUUCCACUCAUUAGCUGUCAGUGAGGAUGGAAAGCUGUACACCUGGGGAUGGGGUGUUCAUGGUCAGCUUGGCAAUAGUAAUGUAGAGGACUGCCUUGUUCCAACAGCUGUUGAAAAGCUUGCCAAAAAACACAUGGUGUUUGCUGAUGGUGGCUAUGCCCACAGUGUUGCUAUGGCCUCGGAUGGAAAUGUGUAUGCUUGGGGAUGUGGCACAUAUGGUCAGGUUGGUAAUGGUGGCAUUGUGAAGGUAACGAGUCCAGAGAGAGUUCCAUUGCCUGGACCUGCUACACACCUUGCUGCUGGUUAUUUUCAAAAUAUUGCUGUAACCAAAAACCACAAAGUGUACAUGUGGGGCAGCAAUCCUGCUUGUCUGCGAGUACAAGCUCAGCUUCAGAGACGGGCAAGGACAACACAGCAGACCGCAGAAGGGACUAGAAGAAAAAGCGAGGGGGAUGGAAGACAGAGUGCCGAGACUAAAAAUGAAAAUAGUAACAACUUGGGUGUUGAAGAUGAGAAAGAGGUAGAAGGUAGUGAAGAAGCAUGUGGAACUCUUGAUGAGAAAAAGAGUGGUGUUAAUACCAAUGGUGCUAAUGAUAUUUCUGAGCCAGUAGAUAAUACUGAUGACAAUGAACAUCUCUGUGAUGAAGUGCCCCUAAGUACAAUUUUAGAUGAUAGUGAAGAAACAAUAACAACACUGCCUGAAGAGGAGGACAAGGACGGCUCUGAUGGUGAUAAAAAUUUUGUUAUAUCCCCAGAACCAUCACCAGAAAAAUUUUUGGGAAAUGGGGAAGGGAAGAGUGAUGACAGUGAAGAUGUGCUCAAGGCUGAAGGUGUGGAAUGUGCCAAUUCAACCAGCACAAACAAUAGUUAUAGCUCAAAUCCUCAUGCAAAGUGUCUGGAGAAUUCAUCUGCUAGCAACAGUUCAAAAAGUGAAGAAUACUCAAUACCUACUAGCGGAACACGAAGAGUCAGUGCCAAUACUGUGCCAUCAUGUGAUCCCAGUGACUUGGGUCACCUUCUUCCACAGGAAGUAGACAUGCCCCAUGGGUUUGGUGCAGUGAGAGCAGUGGCUUGUGGAAGCCAGCAUUGUAUUCUUUUGACAACACAUGGAGCCUUAUAUGCAUGGGGUCGAAAUAUGUCUGGGCAGCUAGGAACUGGAAAUCGUCGUGAAGUUUUGAGCCCAACUCGUAUUCUGGAUGAAGCAUAUGCUACUGACAUAGCGUGUGGAGCUGAUUUUACCCUUGCUCUUGAAUCUCAGGGACAACUUUGGGGAUGGGGGUCCAACUAUUAUUCACAGUUGGGCAAGAGCAAUACCACAGACGAUGACAAAGGGCAGGCUGGACGUGUAUUCAUGCUGCGGACUACAAAGCGUGUAUUAAAGGUUCCUCACAGUGUGCACUCCAACUGUGAAUCUCCAAGAAUAAUAAAUGGACUCCCUUCUCACCCAAACUCGUCUCCCCAUCAUUUUGGAAUGUCGGGAGGAAAUCAAGAAAAACCAAAAGUUGGAGCUCAUUGGCGGUUAAGCCAGAUUCGACUGGACAGGAUAGACGGGCCUAAUAAUGAAAAAGAAACAACUAAAACAGAUGAUGUGGAUGAUGGCUCAUACGGUGUCUACACAUUACAUGCUGCACUGACUUUCCUCCACAGUAGAUAUAAUAUAAAAAGCAUUACAAAUAUGCUAAAGGAAGCAGAAGCCCACCAAGCAUUGGCUACACUCUACACCCUUGAGAGACAGUAUAGUCAAGCAAUGCAUCACCAUCUUUGUGCCCUGUUGAAGCAAAGUGAUGAUAUUUACAAAAAGGAUAUUGAUCAACCACAUGAAGUAAAUGAUAACACAAAGCAAAAUAUACAAGAAAAGGAGGUCAAGGAUGAAAACAAUUCUAGUCAAAAUAAACAGCAAAAUCCCCCUCCUCCAGAAAAAAGCUUGGUUGCUGAAGCAGUGCGGAUAAUAGAUCACUACUUGAGACUUCAAACCGAAGAAUCGCAGACAGGCAUGAGGCACGUUCUCCAGGAGGGUAUCUCUCUUUGGUUGUCGCACGCACUCCCGCUGGCACAAUUGGAGGACCUCUUGCUCACACACCUUCCCCGCACUGUCUACCCUUUGGCACUUCUACUCUUUGGUGAUGGUGCACCAGGUGACAGUGAAGCUCCUGAGGACCCAAGCAAUGACCCAGCCAUGAAGGUGCUCAGUCAACUCUCAACUAAGUUUUGCCUCAAUUUAUGCAGCUCUGUUAUCAGUCAUCUCCAGGCUGGUGGUGCUGGAGGGGAAUAUGUGGAUGCCUUGGCUCUCAUCAGUGGUGUUCAGCCUGGUCUUGAACCCAACCAAGGCAGCAAGACGACCACCACAUUCAGUGAAGAAACCAGUCAACUGGAUGUGGCCUUGGAUGCACUUACAAAACAGGGUUCGGACAGCAUUAACUUGACACAGGAUGAUAUAACUAAGCUUCAAAAAGAUGAGGGCACGCAUGGUAAAAAGUCUGAGACAAGAGGCUUUGCAUCUAGUGGUAGCCAAAAACAGAAAUGUGGAGGCAAGAUUCCCAAGGAGCAUGAAAAAGAUUGUGUCUUAUUUACCUGUGGACAUCAUUUCACCCAGAAAGAUUUCAAGACACGAGUACUUCCCCAAAUGGAAACAUCAGUGAUGACUGUCCCAGGCUUGCUGGGCAACACAGCUAAGGUUCUUCUUGACCAGUAUCAUAGUGACCAGCCAGAGAUGGCCUGCCCCCACUGCGUUUUGGCUCAUCUCACAAUAAAGCUAACAAAGCACAAGCAAACAAAGUAGUUGAUAUUUGUUUUAGUCAUAAUGAUGUCCAUAGUCAGAAAAUGGAAAUCGCUUUGUUACUUGCACUAACAUGAAUUUGAACCUGGAGUAGGACAUUGAAUAAUGAUGUAUAAUAUGUAAACAAAUUUGUUGCAAUGCAAAAAUAAUGUUAGCUGAUAAGCAAACAUUUAAACCCGAAUCUUAUUCUGAUAUUGGAACCACGAGAAUCUGGUUUAUUAUAAAUUCUUGGUGAAAUGGCAAGUAAAAUUGUUACUGCAUCGAGUGUUGCAGUACUGUAAUGUGACGUAUUUCAGGUAACGACAUGGGUAGUUAAUAAUUGUCUAUUACUGUAUUAUUAUUACAUCCAAGCAUUAAUGAUAAUUAAGCAGUGAGGCACAAUCACUCAUUUAUCUUACUAAAUAUCAUUGUUUUAUUAUGUAAUAUAAUAAAUUGUGACUAAUUUAUAACCCCAUGCCUAAGGUAUUUCCACGAGAUGUGACCUCUAAACUUGAUUUAGAAUGGGUAUUUGCUUUUAUACACAAGUUUAUGGACUAAAUGUAUGACUUACGAUGGAAAGUGUGGUAUGCUUUUAUCACAAGAGAAGAAUUUGCUGAGUGUGGUGUUAAUUUAUAACUAGUUUUGUAUACUUCAAGAACUGGUUGUUGUUCAGUCUUAAAUGCCCUUUAUUAUAUAACACUCAGUAGGAUUAUUACAGUUUUUUAAUAUAUAGUCUUGUAAUACAAAUAAAGUUUUAUGUGAAGAUACUGAAGGUAGACUACACUUCAUAUUUUAAUACUGUCCACAGUAACCAUGGACAUAGAUCUUAGACAAGACCAUUUUGACUUUCUCGUGACUACAAAGAAACAGAUAGGUGCUUCAGCUUAUCCAGAUAUUAUAUAGUAAUUCACAGACCCAGCAAGUGUUUAUUGAGAAGUUGUGUAUCAGCAUUUUAUGCUAUGUGCACACAUUGAUGAAUCUGUGUGGCAAAUUUAUACAUCAUUUAAAAGUUAUAAGUAAAAAGCAGGCAGUAAAGCAAUGGAAGUCACUUCUGGGUAUUGAUUAAAAGAUUGAAGCCAGUUAUUUUUUCAGAUAGUCUGCAAGGUUUGAUUUGGACCCUAGCAUAUAAUGUAGAGUAUUGGUGCCCUUUUAUGUAUAUAAUGGUCUUGUUUAUCGUUACAAGCUUUAAAGAAAGUGUCUGUACUAUGUAAAUGAUUCAGGUGUGAGAGUUGCCAUUGUGUACUUUAAUCCCUAAUGCACUUUUUAUUUUAUACUAGGACAAUUUAAUGCCAAAUUAGGAAGAAAAAGUGCAUAUGAUUAGUACAACAUGGUUUUCAUGUGAUACAGUCAGUCAGUAGAUUACCUUUUCCCAUGUAUGGGAUCAUGUGUAUUAAGCCACUGGGUUUACCUAUCUUGACACGUAAAAGUGCCAGCAUGGUGUGACGAUGCCCUCACAGGCUAACACACAUGUAUCAUUAUGUUCUCUGUGAUUUUAUACAACAGUAUGAAUAGAAUUUAUUGAUGUUUAUGAAAAAAACUCCCUGAUGGGGUAACAAAGAGGCCUAUGGUAUAACAUGCUUUUGUGAGAAAGUAUUGAAUGACUUUUCUAUAUAGAUAUAAUGGCCUGAGGUGUAGUUGCAGGGAUUUUGUUAACAUGAUCAUUAUUAUUGAUAUAUAUAUGCAGAGCAGAAAUUUUUUUAAAUGUCUAUUAUUGUUGAACUUGUGGAAAUCUCAUCCACUUAUUUGUUUUAGUGAUUUUUGUUACUUGUGUAAAUACAUAAUAAUUAUGGUUAAGUGCAAUAUCUAUAUCAAAAUCACUGUUGCUGUUUCUUUCCUAUUGGCAUAGUAAUCCACAUCUACUCUCAUGUGUUCACUUUAAAAGCUUCAUUUACAUUGAAGUUUAUAGCAUCAAUUUAAGAGAAACAAUGUAUUAUUCUGGCUUCAGCAAUCUAAGUUGGAUUAAAUUUUGCAAGUUUGUUCUUGGAUUGUCAUAAGUUGAAAUGUUUGAUUAAUAACAGCAUCUUAAAUAUUCUUAGGUGUUAUGUAUGUAUAUGUGUAUCGAGAUGUAUUCUAGAUUUCUGUACGUGUAAAAGAAAAUUAUAUGUAUCUGUACUCAUAAUAUGAAUACAGUAUUUAUAGCUGUCAUAUUGCUACAGGCAUUAUUUGAAAAUAAGGUCAUAGUACAAUUGUAGUUCUUUCAUUGUUUUAGUCAAAUUCUUGAAUCCAGAAAUGAAGAUGAACCCUUUUGCUGGGAUGUAUUUAUGUCUCGAGUCCGUUUUACUGAAUUAUUUGUGUUGAAUAUCCAUUUGACUUCUGCCAAUCAUAAAUAAUUGGAACCUCAAAUUAAUAACUAUUUUCAUACAAGUCUUAUGUAUUUACAUCUUUUGUUCAAAGGUUUGCAUUAUUUAAAUCACAGGUUUAAAGUUAGUUACCUAUUUUUGCCAUGCUAAGCAGAAUAAGUUUUUACUUUAUUUGAUCAUAAUGUCAUUCUCAUUCAUCUGAAUUUCUUAGUCUACCAUAAUCUCUCCUUUUAAAUUCACAAUUGUCAUUAGCCAAGUAAACUUUCAUGAAUAAUGAUACUAAAUUAUCCUUACUUAAAUAUAUUUAUUUAAGAAAAAUGUGUACUUGUUCAGAACUUGCAGUAUCAAGAGUUUGAUAGAAAUUACAAAAAUGUUAAAUUAUAAUUUUUUAAACUUAAAUUUGGAUUCUGAUGUAAAUUCUUUCUUUAACUUCUUAUAGUUAUUGUCAACAUUUUAGGUGUGAUUAUUUGUCUUGGACCAGUGGAAGUUUGUUAUAUUAUAGGUUAAUAAUGCUUCAAACCUUUUACACUUGUUCCCUGCUUGUAUGUACUGUAGUUAGUACUUUGUUAUAUUAUCUUGUCAUAAUCCUUUAGUGCACAGAAUUCAUAAUACAGUGGUGACACCUUCAAUUAUACCCUGUAGAACAAUGAAUUCACUCUGGUACUUUAUUUUUACAAUAUGGUACUGUACUGUAUAUUGGUAAAGUACUGUGUGUAUAUAUAUAUAUAUAUAU